AAAAAAGAAAAAGGAAAAAGCUUAGCUCAGACUGAGACUCUCUUUAGUCUCUGUCUUACAGCAUGGUCACUUCCUGCACGUUCUUCUGCCCCCCGUUCCCAGCAAUUAUAUCAAUCCCUCCUUUGCCCCCUCUCUUUACUCUCUCUCUCUCUCUCCCUCUCUCUCUCUCUCUCCCCAUUACCGGCUUAGGUUGAGAGCUGAGAGAUAGAGAGACCAGACCAACUCAAUCCCUCUUUCUUCCCCUUUCUGAUCACUGUUUCUCUCUCUCUCUCUCUCUUUUCCCACCUCGAAAUGGACGUGUACGGACUGUCAGCUACUGACUGCUUUCGCAUCGACGACCUUCUUGAUUUCUCCAACGACGACAUCUUUUCCUCUUCCACUACCACCACUUCUUCCUCCACCGACUCCGAAACCAACCACUACCACCACCACCCUCCGCAGCCUCAGGAUCCCUCCAUUCUCAUCAACAACACGGCCCAUUUAUCCUCUACCGACUUCACCAACGAUCUAUGCGUCCCAGGUGAUGAUGUAGCGGAGCUCGAGUGGCUGUCACAGUUCGUAGACGACUCAUUUUCCGAUUUUCCGAUGACUGGGCUCGCCGGAGCUCCUAACUAUAUGAAUGAGGCAUCGUUUUCCGGGAGAGCCCGUAGCAAGCGCUCGAGAGCACCGACCACCAGCUGGGCAUCUACUCCGGUGGAACCCGAAUCUUUGAUCGGUACUACUACUGGAAAACCCAAAUCUAAGAGGGAUUCAUCGCCGUCGAAGGCGGCGUCGGAGACGGGAGGGCUACGGAGGUGCUCGCACUGCGCAUCGGAGAAAACGCCGCAGUGGCGCACGGGACCACUGGGACCCAAAACGCUUUGCAACGCGUGUGGCGUGAGGUACAAGUCGGGUCGGCUUGUACCCGAAUACCGACCGGCAGCGAGCCCGACAUUCGUGCUGACUCAGCAUUCGAACUCGCACCGGAAGGUUAUGGAGCUCCGUCGGAAGAAGGAGGAGAUGCGGCAACAGCACCAACAGCGACGUCAAGGAGAAGCGGAAGAGCAAGAGCAGUUCUACGCACACCCCCAGCACCAUGGGUUUCAAGUUUACUGAUGACGUGUCAAUUACGUGUCGCACCGAUGAGAUGUCAUAAAUAUGAAUGGGAUAGGACUGGACUGGCUACACUAUUUCCACUUCUGCUUCAUUUUAUCGAAGUGUGAUUUUCCCUUUUGCUUUCUUGGCCAUACAUAGAAAAAUGAUUUUCUGAUCUUUA